UUCGCACGAGCCUGUGUGACACCCGAUUCGAGUUGCUAUUCGGCCUCCAGGAAGGUUAACUUGCUGCUGCCGAGUGGUUUCAGCGAGUGUUUCGGCGUACAGAGGCUCCCCGUGUCGGUGGGAGCUAGUGUGAUGCGCGCUCCAUGAUGUGAAUGUGGUGUGUGUUUGGGUACGUGAGCGAUGCGAGUGAUGUACGGGGCCACUGACGUCGCCAGCGCUCCUCUCUUCCCUCCGUCGGCCGUCCCUAGUGCCAAAUAUUUUGCAAUGUGAAAGUAUGGAAUGGAAUUGUGCCACGCGUGACCUUUCCCAAAGAUGUUCGUCAGGUUGUGCUUUGCUGUGACUAGCAUCGCUCGAAAAGAAAAAUGUGUUUGUUUUUUCGUAAGUUGCGUGCACAAUCGGGCGAUGGGACCUGCAUGGGAGACCUGCGGGCGCGUGGUUUCCAUCACUAUAGUACCUCAGGAUGAUGUAAAAUGGUGCAGCUUUUUUAUUAAUUCUAUAUGAUGGUGCAAUCACAGGUCGUCGACAUGCAGACAGUUAACGAAAUUAUAUCCAUUUUGGAGAAAUUCAAUAUUACGAAGGAACUGUUGGAGACCACCCGACUGGGUAAGCACGUGAACGAGCUGAGAAGAAAGACAACAGACCCCACACUCGCGCGGCGCGCCAAGGUGCUGGUGAAACGAUGGCGCGAUCUCGUCAUACCGGCCGUAGCGUCGCCCGCGCACACCGGUUCAAACCGCUCGUCAGCGGAGCGGCAAGUGCGGCGGCUGGGCGGCACCCCGCUCACCUCCCCUGCACUAUCGAGGCAGGUGGUGAGCCCCGCGGUGUGCAGUCCGCGGCCCCCGUCUAGACCAGCAUGGGGCGGCUACGAGUCAGAUUCACAGGACGUGAUUCUGGUGGAUGACGACCCCCCUCCGCCCGCGCUGCCGCAGCCCACCCUCGCGCCGCCAACCCCUCUAACCCCCCUCGCGCACAAGCCGCUCACAUCGCCGGCGAAGCGGCCGCCGUCUCCUGAACCCCUUUUUGAUGAGAAAAAGGCGAAGAGGGACAAGAAACCCAAAAAGAGAAGGGGUCACAGUCGAGCCGGUUCCGGCACGGAAACGGCGACAUCGGCCGGCGAGACGUCUCCGCACAUUCCCACGCCUGUACCGAGCCCUGCCGGUGCGCUAGGCCACGCGUGGGGCGCCCGGAACGGAUCCGGCCCCGAGCGGAGACGGAACGGCUGGCGGCGGGACAAACCGGAUCCUUACGCCGCACUUGUAAAUAGGUUACCCCCCGCGGGCGCGAAAAAGGUGAAGACGACCAAGGAGCUGCUGGAACAGAUCCAAUCGCGAGGCAAACCCGCCUCGCGCCCCGCCUCGCCUGCCUCGCCCGCCUCGCCCGACGUCAUGCUCAUAGAGGAUGUGUGUCCCAUAACUGUGGAGUCGCCUCUACGGAACGGCAGCAGUGAACCAAAACACGAACCAGCAGUCAAACCUGAACCCUUCAUACUGCCCCCCUUGGAGGAAGAGAGGGAGUGGGCGGAUUGUACCUGCGGGGACGAAGAGGCACCCGACUGCCCUGCGGCUGUGAGGAACGCCCUCAGGCCUCUGCACGUGAGGGCCUUGCACAACGCCCUCCUCCCAGGCCUCAACGGGACUCGGGCCCCCGCGGAGCCUCACAAGUUCGCAGUCCGGCCCCCAACGUUACCCGACCAACCGGACUUAUUCUCCAGCGUCGUCCCCCUAUACAACUAUUCCGACUACGCUGACGACUACUGUGUAAAAAAUAUGUACAGAGUACCGCUAUGCACACACAUACCUUGGACGACCUUCGCGCCACCCCCUCCUUCUCCACCUCCCCCGAAAUCCCCACCCCCUUUAAGACCAUACCCAUCCCCCGCCCACAAAAGUGACGAUAUAAAAUUAGAAAGUUUAGAAAAUUUAAGCGAACCGUUCAAAGAGGUAGAAGAAAAAGUCAUACCCAAAGUCGAAUGUGAAAUGGUCGGGAUACCUAAUCUUGAACCGAGUGAGAGACUGAAAGCACCUUUACUAUCAAUAGAGGAAGAGAAACAGUUCAAUUCCGAACCCCGAAUAGUGACGGAAGUGGUGAAGCAAUUUGUAUGUGAGUCCCCCGAACAUAGGACGGUUGAACGGACGAAAGAAGACAUAGAUGGACAAAUGCUAUAUUCGUUAUGUGAGAAAGCAUCCAAUGCCAUCCCGUACACGUAUAACCAAGCCGCGUCCGCACCAAUAGUAACUUUACCACCUUUACCCGAAAUCGAGGGUAGCUGUGAACCUCCGAAGGAAAUCGAAGCGAGUGAAACAUUGGAGAAAGCUUUGGAUGAAGCGGCGGAGAAUACUUCGAGGGAUGAAAUGGGGCGGCCCGUACGCCCCACGUUGUUUGCGGAGUGGCACGAGUGUGCUCGCUUGGGGGACUUGAUAGCUUUACCCUAUGUCGUUAUAGAUUGAUCGUGCCAAAUGUGUUUAUGUGCCGUUAUAAGAAUGGUGGUGUCUGUGAUAUGUCAAUUUAUCUGUUAAGGUUUUCAAAUGCAAUUUGGCUUUAAAUUUCAAAAUCUUUGGCUGAUGUUUUGUACACAUAGUAUUUGGAUAAAUAACUUUUUCGAGAUCUGAAAUUUUACUUUUAAAAGUCAAAGUCAAUCAAAUUUUUGACGUGUCUGAUUUGUCAGAUUUUCAUAAAAAUAUUAUGUUGUUUCAAAGUCUCCUAAGUACGUUAACGAUUUAUAUGUAACUUUUUCUUGGGUUUUUAUUUUUAAAAAAACCAACACAAAAUAAUUAUAUAAAUGAAAGCAGAAAUAUAAUGAAAUCUCUAAUUUAUGUACAAGUUUGACUCUUCUUAGUUUUAAAACAUAGUAUAUAUUUAUGAUAUACAUACCAAUAUUGUUGUAUUCAUAAUAUAGAUGACAUCAGACAGAUGACAAAACACAAACACCACCAUGAAUCGAGCGGAUGUGAAAUCGGUGUAGUGGUGUGCCCGACCAAAGCUUCCGAUGUCUCAGUGUAGUGUCAAGUGUCCUUACGUUAGAUAUAAGUGACUUUGCGACUGGCGCGGC